AUGCAAGAUAUUCCAGUAUUCGCCGCCAUCUUUGUUUCUUUGUUGGUCUUCUACUUGUCGGCUCACAGAAGAACAAUGAACAGCUACAAGACUGCUGUUCCUUUCCUACAAUGA